AUGUUCCAGCCCACGCACGACACCACGGCCGUGCGGCGGCUGCGCGAGGCGGGCGCCAUCAUGGUGGGGAAAACUAACCUCGAGGAGUUCGGCAUGGGGAGCACCACCGAGGGCUCUGGGUUUCAGUGUCUAGUGUGUGAUCAGAUGUUCUUUAUAGAACUCACCAAGGAGGCUUCAGAUAUAGCUGGCUAUUUCAGCACUAGAGUACAGCAUCUUCUAAAUCUUCAUGUUCCUUCAGGAUUGCAAAGGUAUAUAUGGCGCGUACGUCAAUGCUUCAUAGAUGAUCAACAAAUCAUGGUUCAAGAAGGCAGACUGCUAAUCAGUUAUGUGACUAUGAAUGCUAUUGCCAUUUGCAAAAUUCUCAAAAAAUAUGACAAAGUGCAUGGUUCUGUUAGCGGUAGAGAUUUCAGGAGCAAGAUGCAAACUGAGCAUACUGAACUGCUGCAAUCACCUUGGCUGAUUGAGCUGGGUGCUUUCCAUAUGAACUGUGAUAGUUCAGAUAUUGAUGAACCCGCAGGCUUCUUCAAAAACGGAUUCUUCAAGAACUUUUCCUCUGACUUGACAGCAACACAUCCAGUAAUGACAAUGGCCAUUUCUGAAACUAUGAAAUAUGACUACAACCUAACUUGUCCAAUUUGCUUGGACACAAUAUUCAAUCCAUACGCGCUAAGCUGCCGUCACCUCUUCUGCAAAGGCUGUGCGUGUGGCGCUGCAUCCGUGUACAUCUUCCAGGGUGUCAGGAGCGCGCCUCCAGAGGCCAAGUGCCCUGUAUGCCGAGAGGUUGGUGUGUUUGCUCACGCCGUGCAUAUGAAUGAACUCGACCUGCUCAUGAAAACAAGGUAA